CUGGAGCUGAUGCUCAUGUAUUUUAUUCAGUGUGAAUCACAGCAUGAGUGCGGCGUGUCAGCGGCAGAGGAUCUCCAGCAGGAGACUGUAGCCCCGCCUCUGCAGCCCCAUCUGUAUUUAUAGCUUAUUGCAACAGCAGCAUUCAGUCAGUUAGUCAGUGAGUGAGUGAGUGAGUAACUCUAUAGUGUAAGAUCAUCAGCGGGUCUCUCAGCUCUCUCUCUCUCUCCGCAUCCACACCGGACCAGCAUGACGGAGACUGCGUCAGACCCCGCUCCAGGCGCCGCGGAGGAGCCAGAGGCGAAGCGGGAGAACGGCGACUGCGCAGCGGACGCGCCGCGGCAGCUGGACCCCCCGGAGGGCGGCUGGGGCUGGGUGGUGAUGCUGGCCUCGAUGUGGUGCAACGGAUCGGUGUUCGGUAUCCAGAACGCGUUCGGUAUCCUGUUCGUGUCUCUGCUGAAGGAGUUCGGCUCCGAGACCGACGAAGAUCUCCGCUUCAAAACAGCAUGGGUCGGCUCUCUCUCGAUGGGCAUGAUCUUCUUCUGCUCGCCGAUCGUCAGUGUGUUCACCGAUCUGUUCGGCUGCCGGAUUACAGCAGUUGGAGGGGCAGCGGUGGCAUUUGUGGGACUUCUGGCCAGUUCCUUUGUCACGUCUCUCGGGCCGUUGUACUUCACCUACGGCAUAGUCUUCGCCUGUGGCUGCAGCUUUGCAUAUCAGCCGAGUCUGGUGAUCCUAGGUCACUAUUUCAAGCGGAGGCUGGGCCUGGUGAACGGCAUCGUGACGGCGGGCAGCAGCGUGUUCACCAUCACGCUCCCGUACAUGCUGUCCGGCCUGCUGAAGCGCGUGGGACUCGCCUACACGCUACGUGUGCUGAGUGUCUUCAUGUUCAUGCUCAUGCUGGCGGGAUUUACCUAUAAACCCCUGCUGCCCAAACCCGUCAGCAGCAGCAAGUCGGGCAGCCGCUGUCCUUCGCUCAGGAGGGUGUUUAACGUGCACAUCUGGAGGUCUCUGGGAUACCGCAUAUGGGCCUUUGGGAUCCCUGCGGCCCUGUAUGGAUACUUCGUGCCUUACGUUCAUCUGAUGAAGCAUGUGGAGGAGCGCUUCGGUGCGGACGCUAAUAAAGAGGUUCUGCUCACCUGUAUCGGCAUCACGUCUGGAGUGGGCCGUCUGAUCUUCGGGAGAGCGGCUGACUACGUCCCUGGAGUCAACAAAGUGUUCCUGCAGGUGUCCUCGUUCCUGGUGAUCGGGCUGAUGUCGAUGAUGAUUCCUCUGUGUCAUGUGUUCGGUGGACUCAUUGCCGUGUGUCUGCUCAUGGGUCUGUUCGACGGAUGCUUCAUCUGCAUCAUGGCUCCCAUCGCGUUCGAGCUGGUGGGCUCCCAGAACGUGUCGCAGGCCAUCGGCUUCCUCCUGGGCAUGAUGUCCGUCCCCAUGACCGUCGGGCCUCCCAUCGCAGGGUUCCUCAGAGACCGUCUGGGCAGCUAUGACGUGGCGUUUUACCUGGCAGGCAUUCCUCCGAUCAUCGGCGGGGCCAUGCUGUGCCUGAUCCCGUGGGUAGAGGCGCGGAGAAGGAGCAAGGAGGCGCAGCCGGCGACCGAAGCCACCGAGAAGAUGCUGGAGAGCAAGAGCGGUGCGCAGGUCGAGGUGAAGCCCGAAGAGCCCGAGUCCGUCAUCUGAGAGCGUUUACAGCGGACAGACAGACGUGUGUGUGUGUGUGUGUGUGUGUGUGUGUGUGUGUGGAGAGUCCUGAUGUGAUUUUCUAUCCCUGCAGGAACAUGCAGACCGGGCAUAAAACAGGGCUUUCUCCACCUAUGUGAUUUAUGAGCUAUGCAUCUCUCAGAAAGUUUCCUUGAAUAUUUUUGUACUGAGCUUCUGGGCUUUAAAAGGGAAGUGAAAGUAAGACAAUCGUCGGUUAAGAAGGGAAGGUGUUUGCUGGUGCUUCGACGGGUGUAGCCCUGAGAGAAGAAUCAAGGGAUUUUAUUUUAACCCGCGUUUCCUUUACUCUUAUAAUCUAGCUAUGCAUUGUUUUAUGUCAGACUAUAUGAAGUCGCUCAUAUAUUGUGUUAAAGGGAACGACAGCUGUGCCAUAUGUAAUCAUUUCCUCCUGAGCUUGGAAGAUUCGAAAGACGUUUUUGUGAAUGCUCACUUCAGCCGUGAGUGUUUAUUAGAGGAAUCGUUGCUGCAUGGCGACAGUGUUUUUAUAUGCAAUUAUCAAAGAUGUUUAUUUUCACUGAGAAAUAACAGUUGAGGAAACGGCUUUAAUGCACAGAGCAGAUAGACAUGAUGACGCAAGCAGAUGUUUAUGAUGCCGUCCCAGUGCUUUGUAUUGAGUGUCGUGUUUUAUGAUCGAGGAACACUGCUGUGGAACGUUUACAGGAUGAUUUCCAUGUGUUUUUGCCUAACCAGAGCAGAUCUCAGUGUUUGACAUGAACUGGGAUAGUUGCUCUUUGAAAUACUAUUUUUUUAACGAUGUUUUAAGAAUCUGUGGUUUCUGUUGGUUAGAUCGAGCUGCUAUUGUGAGCUCAGCUUUAAUAGCCACGCUCACAUUUACUGCCACUGAGGCCUUGACUGAAAAAGCACAUAUGCAAAGUCCUUUGCUUUAAUUCAGCGACUGAAUGUGAAUGUCCUCUGAUUCCUAGUCACAUGAAACAGUGUUUUCACAGUGUCUGGAGGUGAUGUAAACGUCCCGCUGUUCUCUCACAGAUUGAUCCAUAGGAGUGUUAAUCUGGUCCCGUGAUCUACCUCAAUUAACAUGAUUCUGGAAAUAUCAGCGGAUCAGAGAAGGGAAUCGCUGUAAACGAUGGCCACCAAGUGCUCAUACGUCAUACCUAUCCCAUGUUGUUUCUUUAGUUUUAUAUCUCUAAUAUCAACUAGCAUUAUAAGUGCCUUGACAAUAUGAUUAUUGACAGAUGAAUUAUUGAUUUGUGUGGAAUCUUAACCAGUGGCACAACCAACAGCUUCCAAAGCAAGUAUUCGACUCAUUUCAGUACGACACAAACACAUUUCACAGGAAAAGCAACCUCAGCAGCAAUACGUGCCGAGAGGCAUCUGUCUGUUAAAUCUGUUGGUUUAUUAUUUUUAAACAUUUCCAUGUUUUUGAGAAGAUUGUCUCUUUUUUACUUUUUGUACAUGUUCUUUUUUUAGCAUUUUAUUUUAUUUUUUUUAAUUUAUACUGUUCAAGUAAAUCAUUGUUGUACACCAAACCAGAGAAGGUUUUGCUGCACACACACACACACACAGACACACACACACACUUAUUCUGUGAUAUAACCGUGGGCAGUUUUGACGGUCAGCACACAGCAGUGAUUUACUCAGGGUAAUACAUGUCAAAUAACUCCAGGCCUCAGCUAAACACCAAAUUAAUAA